AUGCUCCGACUCUGCCAGGACACAGAUCCAUAAGGUCAGCCCUGCACCCUGAGCAGCUCAGGGGGAGGAGUCACACAAGCAGUGCCUCACAUCCUGUCCUCUUCUGCUCUGGAUAGAUGGCUCCAUAAUGGUGGCUAGGAGGAUGGAGCAUCCAUGAGAGCCACUCUUCUGCUGCUCUGGCUCGAAGUGUCUCUGUCCCCUUCUAGCCUCUCCCAAGCUGGGCCUACCCAACAUCUCAGUUCCCCAGAAGUGGUGAUCCCCUUGAAGGUGACCAGCAGAGGCAGAGGUGCAAAGACCCCAGGAUGGCUUUCCUACAGCCUGCUGUUUGGUGGCCAGAAACACAUUGUGCACAUUAGGGUGAAGAAACUAUUAGUUUCUGCACAUCUUCCUGUGCUCACCUACACAGAGCAGCAUGCCCUCCUGGAAGAUCACCCCUUCAUCCCAGAUGACUGUUACUAUCAUGGUUAUGUGGAGGGGGCCCCCGAGUCUCUGGUUGUUUUCAGUGCCUGUUUUGGGGGUUUUCGGGGAGUGUUACAAAUAAAUGACCUCACUUAUGAAAUUGAACCCAUUAGGCACUCUGCCACAUUUGAACACCUGGUUUAUAGAUUACACAGUAACGAGACACAAUUUUCACCCACGAGCUGUGGUUUAACAGAGAAGGAAAUAGCACGUCAACAAUUGGAAUUUGAAGUGAUUGAGAGCUCAGAUUGGAAACAAAAUUCUACUGGGGACUGGUGGACCCACACAUGGUUUCUGGAGCUGGUGGUAGUGGUAGAUCAUGAUUUCUUCGUUUACUCUCAAAGCAACUUGUCAAAGGUGCAAGAGGAUGUAGUUCUUAUUGUCAAUUUAGUGGAUUCCUUAUAUCAGCAGUUGAGCACUUAUGUAAUUUUGGUUGGGAUUGAGAUUUGGAAUCAAAGAAAUGCUUUCCCAAUGGUAAACAUAGAACAGGUUUUAGAAGAUUUUUCUCAGUGGAAACAAGUCAGUCUUUCCCAGCUACAGCAUGAUGCUGCACAUAUUUUCAUAAAAAAUGCACAUAUAAGUAUACUUGGUCUAGCCUAUGUUGCAGGAAUAUGUCGUCCUCCUAUUGAUUGUGGAGUUGAAAAUUUCCAAGAAGACCCCUGGUCUCUUUUUGCUAAUACUGUGGCCCAUGAAUUAGGUCAUACUUUGGGUAUGUAUCAUGAUGAGGAUUUCUGCUUUUGUGGGGAAAAAGGCUGCCUUAUGAGUACUUUCAGAGUACCAGCAGAGAGAUUUACCAAUUGCAGUUAUGUUGAUUUUAUGAAGACCACAUUAAACCAAGGAUCAUGUCUGCACAACCAUCCAAAACCAGGGGAAAUAUUUUUGCUGAAGCGCUGUGGAAAUGGUGCAGUUGAAAGAGAAGAGGAAUGUGAUUGUGGAUCCAUACGUCAGUGUGAGCAAGAUCCUUGUUGUCUGGUGAACUGCACCCUGAGGCCAGGUGCUGCUUGUGCUUCUGGACUUUGUUGCAAAGACUGCAAAUUCGUACCAUCAGGGGAAAUCUGUAGACAACAGGUCAAUGAAUGUGACCUUCCAGAGUGGUGUAAUGGGUCAUCCCAUCAGUGCCCAGAAGAUGGGUAUGUGCAGGAUGGGAUCCCUUGUAGUGAAAGUGCCUACUGCUAUCAAAAGAGAUGUCAUAACCAUGACCAACAGUGCAAGGAAAUUUUUGGCCAAGGUGCAAAGAGUGCAUCUCAGAAUUGCUACCAAAAAAUCAACUCCCAAGGAAACCAGUUUGGCCACUGUGGUAUAAAUGGCACAGUAUACCUAAAAUGUAACAUGUCUGACAUCUUUUGUGGGAGAGUUCAGUGUGAAGAUGUGGAAGACAUUCCCCAUCUCCAAGAUCAUUAUGUUUUGCAGCACACUCGCAUCAAUGGUGUCACCUGCUGGAGUUCUGUCCAUCAUUUAGGGAUGGACAUACCUGACAUUGGUGAAGUGAAAGAUGGCACUGCCUGUGGAACAGGAAAGAUCUGUAUUGACAAAAAGUGUGUUAGUUUGUCUGUCUUGUCACAAGACUGCCUUCCUGAGACCUGCAAUAUGAAGGGGAUCUGUAAUAACAAACAUCACUGCCACUGUGGUUAUGGGUGGUCCCCACCCGAUUGUCUGCACAGAGGCUACGGAGGUAGUGUUGACAGUGGCCCACCCUUAGGAAAAAAAAUAGCUUUAUUACCAGGAAUCGUGAUUUUUUUAUUGUCUGUUUUGAUUUUUCUGUUGACUAUUGGGCUUUAUGGAUAUCCUCGAAUGCAUUCUAGUCCCAAGGAGACCAAAACGCACUCACCAAGUUAAGAAAAAGUUUCCAAUUUGAUAUUCCAUGCAUUAUUAAGUUGUAGUUUCUUGGCCACAGAAAUGUUAACACAUGCCUGAAAGUGAGCACAUUCCUG